GGGGAUAAGCACAAAAAAUCAGAUUCUACAGAAAAUUUUUGGAAUUCUUACUACUUGCCGCCUACUAGUACCGGUAUUGCGAGGAUAUCGAUGAGCUGAGCCAUGGACCCAAAAUGGCCAAAUGCAAGCGGAUGCGAUGGUGUUACUGCUUUAUAAAAUAAUUGGCAAAUUAUUUAAUCUGGAUUGCAUUGAUUGGCAAUAUAUUUUGGCCAAGUUGUAUCAAGGCCUUCUUGGAGCUGUUGCAUGGAAGGACAGACAGAGCAACUGGUUUCCUAUCCGACAAGAUGUAUGUCAAGGAGGAAUUCUCUCUCCUCUUCUUUAUUUGGUCUACAUCGAUGAACUUGUGCAGAAGCCGAGGAAGAGUGGCACAGGUGACUUGUAAAGUAUGAGUCUCCAGAUGUACAACCCCUUGCCAACUGCCCUAAAGAUCUACAGGGAUAGAUUGUUUCAUUGCAUUGAGCUGAAUAACUGCUUGAAGAGAAAUUGACAGGGGACAUUGAAGAGAAAUUGACAGGCAACAUUGAAGAGAAGUAUUCCACAUCUGAAUGGACCGCUGACUUUUUUACCAUGGCAAGCCCUUCAGCUGGAUUAACCAAAGAAGAGAUCAAAGAACGUCUAGCUCAGAUGAAGAAACAGUAUGCACAGAUGCAGAAAAAGCUUGAGAAAUCUGACAAGGCUGCAAGAGUGAAAAGGCAUGUGAGCAGAAAGAUUGCCGAUUACAAGCGGAAGCAGUCAACUGGAGGAUCUCCGGAGUGCACCAUCUCGAGAGCAGAUGACUUAUCCACAGUCACCACUGGGAAUACAAGCAGCCCAUCUCUGUCCAAAGACAACAAACUAUGUCUGUCUUCAGAACCCAAAGGAUCCACCUCCAGGAAGAAGAGAGGUAAGCGUCGGAGCGUGUCCUUCGUUCUGUCACCUCAGUCAACACCAACAAGCAGCAGGCACAAUGCUGUACAAGGGACUGAGGUGGCCAGUGCAAUAUCAAGAGAUGCUUGUCUUGGAGUGAACCCACAACAUGACUUUCGUAUGUCCCCUGAGCCACACAUCCAGAAUGCAAGCAGGCCACUGAAGGAGUCUGGAGAUGCACCCAACAAGAUUUUGUUUAGGAGUGGCAAAUCUCAGAAAUGGAAACCAGUGGUAGUUUCUUCUGGAGAAAUUGGUGUUUACCAGUCAACAGAUCUAAAUGAAGGCUUUGCGUCAACAGAUCACCUGAAUUCAGAACAGUGUGAGUCAGGGGAAAAAGACAAGGACAUCACUACUGACAAAUCUAAAACAAAAUCAGAUCCUGGGGAUUUCACCGAACCUGAGAAGGAUACCCAGUUUGAUCUCUUUGCUGAUACAGACGAACAAAAUGAAUCUCAGCAUGCCACUGAGGUCUUGUUCCAUUCUCCAGUCAAUAAUGACAGUGCCUCAUAUGACAAAAUGAGUGCAGCAUGUGCACCAAUGCAGGCUGCUUGCUCUUAUGGACUAAACACCACGACAACAAAUCAAACGGAAAAGGAGCCACAACCAAAUAUUGUCUCGGGUUUCAGGAUGAAUAGGCAUGAGGAUAUAUCACAGGAGUCUGUUAUUAUACUUGACGAGACUCAAAUAGAUCUAUUUCAGACCCAGACCACCAGUAGGUGUAGUCAAAACAAUGAGAUUGAAAUCUUGGAAUCGACAGGAGUACAAGAGGCACAUCCUAGAAGCACAUCAAAUACUUAUUCUGGAGCAGUGACUGUCAAGAAAAGCCCAUCUAUGAUGGUAUCAGAACCAGGUUAUUCCCAAAAUAACCCUCUGCAUGUGAAGUUGAAUGAAGACAAGAUGGUGUCUGGUGGUCAUCAAGAUACAGUCCAAAGUGUGCCAGAUGACGAAGGUGCAGAAGAUCCAGAUGUCAUUCCAAGCACCUUUCCUGAGGAUCCUGAGCCGUUGACAGUAACAAAGAACAACGUAUCCAAUCAGAAUUCUAGCACAGGCUAUUCAGAUGUCAUGAGAACUAAUUGCAGUCAAGAUAGACUGCCUUCACCUCAAAUUGAUGAACAGAAAAAUGAUUUCCAAAGUUCAUCCAAACAUAUUGCAGGUGAAAAAGAAGACAACAGUGAAUAUGAAAUGAAGGGCAGCUGUCAGGCAACUGAUGUUAAAGAAGUAGACAUAGCUGAAACAAAAUCCAGAUCGUCUGGAAAUGGGGGAAUAGUACACAAUGAAGAUGCACAGUGCAUAUUGAGAAACAAUGACGCUAAACAGGACACCAAUCACAUUGAUCCAUCUUCGGUCCACCUUUAUUCUCAAAACAUUCUGGUUAACUCCCAAGAAUUGACUUCUCAAAUGAUUGAUACUUCUCCUGAAGGAAAGGGAAGGACUGAUACCCAGAAGAGGACGAGGAGGAGAAAGAACCAAAGAAGCAUUGACAAUCUCUCGGUGGAUGACAUCAGUUUGAAGGAUUUUGUGGUGUCGCAACAGAACAGCCAGGAGGGCAAUCACACCUGGAUCGAUGGACUCAUGUACCCUGCAGAAUACUAUGUCAGGAAGACCAGGAGCAUGUCGAGACCCUCACCAAAUCUACAUUCUGCGCCGGUUCUUGGACAGAAGCGUUUGUCUAAAACUUCUCGGGGGAGAAAAGGGUCUGUGACGAGGACAACUCCCAAUGGUGUGAUGAGUGAGCCAGUUCAUACCGAAUUGCCUGAUGCUGGCAAGAUCCAGGCAGGAAAGGAAGGGUCUGAAACUGUGUCUUCAGAAAACUUGGAAUUGGGUAAUAAUGUUGCCUGCUUAUCAAUAGAACAAUCUCAGGACUUUGUUAGAGGUAGACAAACAGAAAUCAGUGAAUCUGUACAUGACAGGGAAUCACAUCCUCCAAGGAAGAUGAAAGUUUUGCGCAAAGCAUCAACUACUAAAAGGAAGCGGGGAAGAAAAACCUCUCGCAAGAAACUGGGAAGUGACUCGGAGUGUACCAUUACACAAGCAACCAUAACUUCUCCAACAGGAGCCCAUUUUAAUUCAAACAAUGGACAAGAUGAAUACCAAAAUGAAAGGCAGGAUAAUUGUGAUCAUUCUGAGCCAACUACUAUUUAUAUUGAUAACGCAUUGCCUAAUGGAGAAGGAAACAGAUCUACAUCAUCUCUUUGUCAACUUACAGGGGGUUUGGCCUCACAGAGGAAUUACACCAAAGACACAAUAUCAAUUUCCUCAGGCUUGGUGUGUGAAGGUAGUAAACACUUCUCUAUCACUCAGAUGACGAAUAAUCCACUGGAGAGCCAGUUCACACAGACUCAGGUCCCAAGUAACUUUGCCUUGCCAAAGGUAUUUGGUAGUCCUGGACACUCCACCCAGUGCCCUGUUGGUCUGUCACCAGGUUCUCCAUCUUCCACACCUAUGAAUGCACUUUGCAGCCCGACCUUGAGGCCAACUGCAUCUCAACAUGGGGAUGAAAUGGAUCCUGUUCAAAGUGGGGAACAUAGGCAACACCCUGAAGAUAUCCAGGAGUGUAAUGAACAGCAGUGGAUGUCGGAAGUGUACCUUGCAGAUGUUGUACCAGAGGUUCCAGUCAAUAUUGAUUCUGAACAUCGAGACUUGGACAGUCAACACGACGUCCAUGCAGGCCGUUUAUCUUUCGAUGGAUGUGAUAUUUCACCCCCAACAGAUCCUGAUAGGAAUGAGCAUAUCCUGCCAACUCUGCAAGAUGAUCCCAUUAUAGACUCAAAAGUUAGUGACAUUCUUGUGAAGAAUGGGACACGAUUUGUUGACAGUGUCAUCAAAUAUGAACACAAUCUUCCAGAAGGGCAUGAUCAGGAUUCAGAGAAUGUGUUUUCCCAACUGCAUGUCCCUUUCAACAAUGUCCGGGAGGAUAAUAAGUGUGCAUCUGAAAGGACUCCUUCUGCCAAUGACUUCAAGGACAAAGAACCCCUCACAGAGCACCUCCCGUCCAGUCUUCCCCGAGGUCCUUCUAGCCUUUGCAGCAACAUUAACCAGGGAUCCCCCAUGGCCGAUGCAGCUACUGGGACUCCGCCGGAGGUUGCCGAAAUGCCUCAAGCACAAUCACAGUGCACAGACUCCUUGGAAAAUGGAUCCGAGAUUGAUAGGCAUUCUGUGAAAGAGAAAUCUGAAGAUGGGUUUGCUGUCAAAGAAUGCUUCCAGUUCAAAGGUUGCCUCAAGCCCAAAUCGGAGCACUCACUAGAAGUCCAGAGUAUUGUUUCAUCAAUACUUGUCACUGAAGAUGUAGCAGAACCUCUGAUAGCUGCCGUUUCCCAUGAAGAAAUCACAUUCUGGGUACUUUGCAAUGACCAAGAUGGAAAGAGUUUUCAAGCUCUGUGUUCAUGGAGUACAAAUGAGAGUGCCCUGAAGGUAACCAUGUGUGCAGUACUGCCAGGCAUGACUGAUGUCAUUGAAGCUCUUGUGGUUGGAGGUCAGGCAAGGUCUCACAGUGUCAGUUUGAUCAGGUGGGACUGUAAGAAAGCUAGAUGGAAUGAGUACCCAGUCCUGUCUCCUGUCGAUGGUACAUCCUGUACAUCCCUCUGUGUUCUUCAAGGAAAGGAGGCUGCUGUAGCUAUCCACAAAGAGGCAGUUGGCUCGGAAGUGCAAGUCAUAGGGCUUGAUGCGAAAAACAGUGAAAAGCAGGACUUUCCAGUCAUGACCUUGCCAGCCUUGAAGGAAAGAAUAAACUCACUGACAGUAGUUGAAGGUGCUGAUCACAUGCUGCUUGGAAUGACCAACUCAGAGGCAUUGCUCUGGCAUGUACCAUCCCAUCAAUUGGUUCAAGCGUUUUGCUUGAAAGAUCAGAAGCUGAAUUACUCUAUUGAAGCAACUGCAGAAUCGGGUUUACUGUUCGUGGUAGCAUGUAGCAAGCAACACGGUAACUGCAAAGACCACUCUGAGGAACCCUCUUGCAGUCUCCUGGUUCUCAAUCCCCUGAACGGUCGUUCAUCCACACUGUUGAACUACUCAGCUCUAUGCAUGCAGCCUGGAGUCCAAAUCUUUGACGUGUCGAUGUGUCCUGGUAAGACCAUAGCUGCUUCUUUGACGAAUGGCCACACCUGUCUUUGGGAUCUGUACUCCAGCCGUUUAUUACUGGAGGCCUGCCUUGACCCACCGCAGAGCUCUACUCCGCUGUGUUUGCUAGAUGCCAAGACCUUGCUGCUCGGUGCGGAUGGGUGCGUCGGUAUUUAUGAAAGGAACUUUUGAACUGCUGCAAUACCAAUCUUUAAUGUAUUCAUUAUUGUUUUUAAUUGAACUGCACCUUGAUCAAAGGCAGUCUACACUGCCUAUGAUGGUGAUGUUGGUAGUGAUUUGUUUACCCGUUUGCUAAUGAAGCAAGAGUGCUUGCAAACAAGUUGCCCAGAGGACCAAAGGCUCACAGUCCUCUCUGAGGGACCUGAUCAUGAAGAUGAAUGCCUUCCCAAAGGGCAGCAGUGCACCAAGUGGCUCCCGGGUUACCAGAAUGCAAGACCACCGAUGUAUUGACUGAGCUAUGGUACCUGCACAAAAGUUUCAUUGGCUUCCCAAUCCCCCAUUAUUUUGGAGAUGCUGAUAUUGGAAGAUCAAUAGUAAAAAUGGGUUAGGGGCAGUCAUACCCCCCCCCCCCUUGUACCACCCUUGCUUUUUGAACAGUAUAAAUUGAAAAUAUUUUGGAUUUUUAAUUUUCAUAAUACAUGAUGAUAAAUUUUUUCCAGGGACCCUGAAAGCACCAAAUAGUCAUUUUAAAAAGGUUCAUUUCUAUUUAUGAUACGGAUUUGCACCAUCUGAGGGUGUUUCUGGUGCCUUAAUUUUGUCAAAGACUGCUCUAUAACAAAAUAGCUUAUGGUUUGAUUGCAAAUUAUGAGCUGUAUGAAAUAUGGUACAAGUCGAACAUCAAUGUCAUCAGCUUCAUAGCAAUGAGAGUGUCUUGACUGCUUAUUGCUAGAAUGCUCCCCAGCGAGUGGAGAUUGUGCAUACACUUAAUGCCAGCAAGCCAGAAUUCAGUGACUGGGGAAAUAGUAUGACUGUAAAGUGCUUAGAGAUGUAAGCGCUAUAUAAAAUCAGAAUAUUAUUAAUAUGCAUCAUAUUAAACAUUGAGUUUCUUUUUAAAGUACAUAUGCUUGCAUUUACCAAUACUGCCAAGAGUGAGCCGUUUUAGGAAAAUAGGAAAAUAAUUUCGAGUAUUCAUUUUAAAAUUAAUGAAAGUGUAUUCAAGGUACUUUUUAUUUUUAGUUUCACUGACAUCUCAAUCACUCCAUCUCAUUUAACUCAUGAAACAAAAAGCAAAACGACAGUUGCAAGCAUCAAAUUGCAAAAUUAAUGUGAAUUUAUUUCAUAAAAACACAGUAUCUCUUUCUCAAUUACAUAAUCAUGAUGAUUGUGAUUACCUUUCUCACAAUUAUAAUACUUGAAAAAAAUCAAUCCAGCUAGAACAGGUAGUUAAGUCAAGUAAAUCUUAUUUACUUUCCUAUGAUAAGCUUGUCUUUCUGGUAUGAUUAAGUACUAUUGUAUAUUUAAAAAAUAUCAGAAGUUCAUAAACUUAAUAUACUUAUACCAUUGAUACAUUGUUAGCUUGUAUAUACUUUUAUUUGAAAUAAAGUUUAUUUGAAAUUCAAAGUGCCACUUGCUUUACAUUCUUUUAUGUCUUAUCAUUUCAGAAGAUAAUAAUAUGUUGUCAUAAAGACCAGCUAAAUGCUACAUGUAUUUCUGGGGACUAACAAUAUUUCUGUGCAGUGAUCCAAAUAGUUUGUCUUGGUCAUUUACAUGUCUCUUUCACUAAACAGAGUUAUGCAGUGCAGUUGGCUUAUUAGCAUUUUCUUAUGUUCAUUUGCAUGACUCAGGCAAGUCCUAAAUUCUUGAUAGAAGUAUUACAAUAGCUUGGGUAUAUGUGGAAGGAACCUUUUUAAUAGGUUGAAAUCAUAAAGGUCACUUUAUAAAGCUUAGGAAUGAGAGAAGCAAGUACUCUCUUACAGCAGCUGCAGUAGCUGGCCUGUUGCCUGGUUGGUAGCAUCUGGAUUUGGCAACGACGGCAUGUUUUAUAGGCUCUACUUGUUAUUCGGGUGUGGCAGUUUCUUGUAUUUUCUAGCUCAGUUACACCACAUUUGUCUGCACUAGACAUGGACUGCUCGCGUCUUCCAAGCUUUCUUGUCAACAUGGUUACUGUGAGUUUGAAUUGUCACUCUCUUGUAAUACUUUCAUUAGCCAACUGUUCUGAGGAAAGAAAUGUAUUUUUUCAAAAGCUUAAUUCAUGUGAUAUGAAUCACUAAAUAAUUGAUGUGCAUUUUCUGUUCACGAUAUAUCGUGGCUGUGCUGAUAAAACCUUGUAUCUCAGAAUUUAAAUAUUUUUACAGCAACUCAGAAUAAUCUAAAUAAAACUUAACUAAAAACAUGGGUAGUAACCUUCUUUUGCCCCAAGAGUUCUUCACAGGUAUCGGGAGACUGUUUUCAGACAAUAUGAGACUGCCACCAUUGCUAUAUUUUUUUUAAAACAGCCUUUCGAAGCUGCCCUCAAAAUUUUUAAAUUUUGAGAUAUGAGGUUUUAUCAACCCAGCCACGAUAUGUAUGUAAUGGACUACUGAACCAACAAGCUAUCAACCCGUCCUUUGGCAGUGGCACAAUUCAUACAGUAAACUGGCCUUAUCUGCAGUAGUAAGAUCCAUUUGAAGAAAAUAAGUAUGGAUUCAAGAUAAAUC